AUGCCGCGCCUCAGCGACUCGCGACCCAACGACAUUCGCGCCCUUGCCGCUCCUCGACGCUUCGCCGGUCUCCCCACGAAGCUCUCCGCGAUCGCCCAGAACCCGACGCCGUUGCUCCCUCCGCAGCAGCCUGGACCAGUCUCAGUAGCCCGACGCCCCUGCACCCGACGUUGCUGCUCCUCUGCUCGCUUUGGACUUGUUGAGCUGCACGCCCGAACAGAGCCACCUGCUGCCUCCCUGUUUUGCUGCAGAAUCAAGAUCGCCACCCUUCGCAUACACGUCGAGCGAGUCGUCCGCAGCGCACGUACGCACGGAACCCGAAACGCACCACUUGGGAGUGCAGCUGCAUCGCCUCGGAGAUCGCGGGCGCGCGCGCAAGCCUUCAAGGUGAAGGAGCAAGAGAGCGCGUCAGCCUGCGGGAGCCGCGCGGCAUGGAGCGUGCAAGAGACGGCGCCGGCGGGCUCGGGGCUGCAGGCGUGCCCCGAGGAUGGCGUUGAAGUCGUUCAUGGAGGGCGAGAGGAUGCGGUGGAAAACGGGUCGCAAAAAGAGGUCACGGAAGGCGGGAUGCGCGAGCUUGACGAGCCUCGUGCGGGCGUUGGUCGGCCCCAGGCGGCCGGUGACCGGCGGAUGGGCUUGGAGCCGCUUGAUGCGGGAGAGGGAGGUGCAUUUCGAAGAAGCGACUCCAACGAGUGCAUGCCUUGCCCGUGUGAGCUUGCUCAAAAACCAUGCCUUGCCCGCCGCCGCAGGGGAACGAGUGGCGGGGGUGUAGGCGCGAGAUCUGUUGCCGAGGGGUGCUUGGACAACAAGCGGGGACAGUGGGUCGCGGCGAGGGGGUGGAUUCUCGAGCAGAUGUGGAUGAGCAAGAGGAGAGCGAGAGCGCGUCAAUGGAGGAGACGAUUCGAGCGUCCAAUGGAGAAGACGAUGUCUCGAGGAGAUGAGGAGAGGUGGAGGAGACGAUGUCUCGAGGAGAUGAGCAGAGGCGGAGGAGAGGCGGAGGAGACGAUGUCUCCAGGAGGCAGAGAAGAGGAGGCAGAGACAACCCGAACCCCUGCUGGUUGCCCAUGUGCCCCACUCGCCGCCUCCUAUAACAACCGGAUCCGCCCCCUGCUCGACGCGGUCGACAAGCUCCGAAACCUCGAGGUCAUGAAGGAGGGCAUCCCGCUCCCCACCAUCGUCAUCGUAGGCGACCAGUCCUCCGGCAAGUCGAGCGUCCUUGAGUCCCUCGCCGGCAUCAGCCUGCCGCGUGGGGAUGGCAUCUGCACGCGCGUCCCCCUUAUCAUGCGGCUCCAAGGCCGGCGUCCCGCCGACAGUCCUGAGCUCCACCUCGAGUUCAACGGCAAAAUUGUAAAGGUCGACGAGGAGGACCAUGUCUCUGACGCCAUAGUCUCCGCCACUGACGAGAUCGCUGGCUCCAGCAAGGGCAUAUCGAAUGCCCCGCUGACUUUGGUCGUCGAGAAAGAUGGCGUCCCGGACUUGACCAUGAUCGAUUUGCCGGGAAUCAUGAGAGUGCCUGUGCACGGCCAGCCCGAGAACAUCUCCGAGCAGAUCUUGGCGAUGAUAAUGGAGUACAUCAGGCCUGAGGAGAGCAUCAUCCUAAAUGUCGUGUCCGCGACCAUCGACUUCCCCGUUUGUGAGUCCAUAAGGAUGUCGCAAAUGGAGAACCAGACCGGCAAGAGGACUCUGGCCGUCGUCACAAAGGCCGAUAAAGCUCCAGAGGGCUUGCUCGAGAAGGUGACGGCCAAUGAUGUCAAUAUAGGACUUGGCUAUAUCUGCGUCAGAAACAGGAUUGGUGACGAGUCCUAGGAAGAAGCAAGGCUCGAAGAGGCGAAACUGUUCGAGACGCACCCUCUGCUAUGCAAGAUUGACAUCCUUGUUGGUGUGCCUGUCUUGGCACAAAAGCUGACGCAGAUUCAAGCCACCAUUAUGGCCCAGUGUUUGCCCGAGAUCGUCAGGAGCAUCAAUGACAAGCUGAACGCCAAAGUCGCCGAGCUUGAGAGGAUGCCCAAGAAACUGUCCUCGCUCAAGGAGGCUGUGAUGGCCUUUGUGCAGAUCAUGGGGUCGGCGAAGGAGUCGCUGAGGAAAGUCCUGCUGGGAAGCGAGUUCGAUGAGUACCCAGAUGACAAGGACAUGCACUGCACGACCAGGCUGGUGGAGAUGCUCAACCACUACGCCGAUGAGCUCCGUACCGAGGACAAGCCGUGGACUAACUUCUUAUUGGACGAAAUUGAAGUCUUGAAAGAGGCCAGGGCUUUUCUCACCCUUUUGCAGCGGAAGUUAGAGGGAAUUGAGCAAGCAGCCGAGUGUGUUUGGGACUACAUCGAGGCAGUCGUGAUUCGGGUCUUGAUGCGACACUCAGAGAAUUAUCGGCAACUGCAGUCACUGACGAGAAGAGCAGCGUCUAAUCUGAUCAGAAAGAUGAAGGAGAAGACGAUGAAUAAGAUGAUGAAGAUUCUUGAAAUAGAGAAGCUCACAGACUACACUUGCAACCCUGAGUACCUGUUGCAGCGGAACAUGUUGAUGACCCAGCGGGGCAGGUUUAUGGAGGCGAUCCAUCAGGGUUAUCCUACCGAGAUUGUCCUCCAGGGGAUCGGGACUGUCUACCUGGUCUAUCUGAGGGAACACAAGCAGCUGGUUCGGGAGGUGUUCGAUCUGAGGAUGAGGAUGACCGUGUACUGGAUUGUGGUGAGCAGGUUUGUGGAUUCGAUGGCGCUGCAUCUGCGGUUCAGCGUGCACAACUUGGUGAACAAGGAGAUGGAGAAGGAGAUUGGGGGCGAGCUGAUCGGGCCCAAUGACAGCGGCCGCAUCAAUAGGAUGCUGGAGGAAGUGCCGGAGGUGGCGGCAAAGCGCGAGGAGCUGAACAGGAGUGUCGAGCUGUUGAGGGAGUCUGCAGAGGUGGUGGCCAAGAUAAUGGACCGGAUUGUAAUGGUAACUAUAAUAACUAACUAAUUUUGUUGUUCUAGUGGAUUAUUUUUAUUUUAAUAUUUUUAUGAGUGCGUUCCUGUUUGUUUAGGUGGUUUUGCGUUGUAUACAACUGGACUUCAA